UUCCACCAUUUUUGUUGAUAAGAAUCGCUUCUGGGUUGCCACCGCACUAUCAUGCGUGGUCUUCCUCCACGGAGGAAGAGAUAGAGACAGAUGAGAAAGUGAAAGAGAACCGAUUGAGAAUGACGAUUGCUUCCAGAGACAGUUUGCACCUAGAAAGCUUCUUCCGUUCGUUAACUUCAGUUGAUAGGUUUGCUGCUGAAACAUUUCAUGAUUUGCAUGAAGAAGUGAUGGCAACAGCUACAAGAGGCCAUGGUCUAAUGGUUCGUGUCCAACAGCUUGAAGCAGAUUUUCCUACAAUUGAGGAGGCACUUUUAUUACAGACAAAUCAUUCAUCAUUCUUUUCAAAUUCAGGUUAG